AUGAGUCAGGGAUUCCGGCGACAAAUCAGGCAUGACUCAUCGCCUUUGUCAUCUGAAUCGGAUUCUCCAUGGUCACCGCAUCAAUUGGCGAUUCAAAACAGGCACCAACAACAAAUUCGUCACAUUGAUGGGACAAACUUUUCUCAAUUUCCAUUACAAUGUAAUGAGCACAAACUAGAAUUUGAUAAAGAAUGGCCAAAAAUACUUCAAAUUGUAGAUUCUAUCGUAAAUGAAAAAGAAGUCGUUGGAUAUGCGACAGCUUCUUCAAUUAUCAGCGAAUUAACAGAAGAUAGCCAUAACAUUCCAAAGAUUACGAGUUAUGUCCGUGAAUUACUCAUAAAACCGACGAAAAAACUAAUUGAAUCAAUUGAGAGCGCCAAUGACAUUACAGAAGUGGCAAAUAUCAUCAAAGUCUGCGCGAAGAAGCAUGUAUUGAUUUCCUCCAUUUUCCAACAGUGGGAGAAGAUCGAAAACAUCACAAUCAGUUCAAUUAUUUACACACUUCUCAAAUCCGAAAUCUCCACCAAUCCAUCCAUUCUUGAUCAUGUUCUACUUAUAGUUUCCCAAGCAUUUACCAAAUCUCGCCAAGACGAAAAGCUAUAUCGACAAGAAAUCAAAAGAAGCGUCCAUUACUUCAGUCAGAUCGACAGAUUAUCAUCUCUGACCGACUCCAUUGCCAAAGAAGUCACUUCCUACUACCGAUGCCACCCGAUUGAUCCUCAAUUAGGUCCAUUUCUUUUUAUCACCAACGCCAGGCGAAUAAUUUCGAGCGAAACAGCCCAUCUCUCUGUUUUCCCGCCGAACAUCGCCAUCCCCGCUCUCUCCGCCGCCCGGAAGUACAUCUACGUCGACUAUUUCAAGUACUCCAUGCAGCAGAUCAUCGAAGCCGUUCUGAUUGAGAAGCCGUCGUUCAUUUCCGACCUCAGAUCUCUUUGCGAGGACAGCGGCGACGCCUCCCUUGUUGCGAGCCUCCACGACCACCUCGGCGCCGGCAUCAAGGACAGGGUUUCCGCGUUCAUCAAGCAGAACCAGUCGAGCGGCGUUGCGCAGAUCUUGGAACUUCUUUCUAUGCUGAGGAAAUACAGGGACGACGCCGGUGCCGAACUGACUCAGAUUGCGAUCCAGGCUGUCAGGGAGACACUGAACAAGUCGCUGUUCCAGGUUUCGUUCAUGAUUGCGAAGUACACUCACACGAGGAUCAUGGACUCUCUGACUGAGUUCACGAGCAACAAAAACAAAAUCAUCGAGCUGUUGCAGCUCCUUGAGAACACAGACGUUUUUUUGGACUACCACAGGAAAUUCCUCGGCCAGAGGCUGCUGUCGAACUCUGAAGUGCCUGAAGUGGAGACACAGCUUCUGAAGGACUUGUCGCAGUUCGCAAAGUACGGAAGCAUGAACCCUCUCUACACAAUGAUCUCUGAUUUGGAGGAGUCCAAAAAAGACACAAGCGAUUUCGAUGCCAAAAAAUCGUUUCUAUUCACUGUCACAACAAUCACCGCGUACUCAUGGCCACAUUACCCUUUCAUAAACGCAAAUGUGCCGGACGACGUGAGAGAUGCAAGAGAGAAGUUCGUGGUCUUCUACAAACAAUUGAGAAAGUGUAUGAUAAGAUGGAUUGAUCCUUUAGAAAACGUGACAUUUACUUACAAAAAAGUGACAUUUUGGAGUUCAACUCUUCAAUUUUUAGUUUUAAAGACUAUUGUUGAGCAUGGAGAUUUGAAGAGCACAGGCAUACAGCAGUGCUAUAUUAAUGAAAUUGCGAAUCAGCUCGUGAAAGUUGGUUUGAUUGCGAAAAAAGGAGGAAAAUUUGUUCCUCAAAACUUUAAAGUGACGAAAAGCUCCAUGAAACUGCCUCCCCUGGGCUUGCUGAUAGCCAGCAAGAAGAAGGAUAGGCUGGAGGCUGAUGUUUUCCAGGGAAGAAAGGAAAGUAUCAGAACUUCUAUCGUUUGCACUCUCAAAAAAUUCGGGGAACUUCCCUUUGACGCACUUUUUGAGGAGACGAAACAGGCAUUCAGAUAUCCGCUCGAGGAAGGUGAUUUCAUUAACUUCGUCGACGAACUUAUAUCAACUGAUGUUAUUGUUAAAGGAACAAAUGGUAAUUACCGUUUUAGUACUUGA